CAGAAACUCUGUGCGCCCCAGAGGAACAAACGCCGUACGUGUGGCAUGUAGCAGCAGUUGUAGGUCACUUUACUGGAUUUUGCUGCGAGCUGUGAAAUUGAAACGAUAAUGCGAGGAUCGCCGACGACUCUGUGACGAUGUGACAGUCGGCUUUGCCUCGGUGGUGUGUUGUGGAGCAGCGCAUGUCCCGGCCGCAGGAGGUGGAGGAGGGCAGGCGGAGGGUCUGAGCUCUGUUUCGGCGGCUGUCGGUGUCCGGGAUGGAGACCUGGACCCCCAACCCGCGAGCCAAGCCUUUCAUCCCGCGGCAACAAAGGAGCCUGUACCUCACCUGGAAAUACAAACUAACCAAUAAGAGGACGAUCCGUCGGUUCUGCCAGGCUGGUGCUGUGUUGUUUCUGCUGAUAACUGUUAUAGUCAACAUUAAACUUAUCUUAGACACAAGAAGAGUAGCCAAUGAAGAUGCUGUAGUCCAAGAAUAUGAGGAUGCAGUCCCCAACAUGGAGACACCACGCAGGCCGGCUAAUGGACGCAAGGUCCUGGACAUUGAGGUGUAUUCCAGCCGCUCCAAGGUCUACGUGGCAGUGGAUGGAACCACUGUUUUGGAGGACGAUAUGCGGGAGCAAGGCAGAGGCAUUCAUGUGAUAGUUCUCAACCAGGCAACUGGUCAUGUGAUGGCCAAGAGGAUAUUUGACACCUACUCUCCCCAUGAGGAUGAAGCUAUGAUCCUCUUCCUCAACAUGGUGACCCGGGGUCGAGUCCUCAUCUUUACCAUAAAGGAUGAGGGAACGUUCCACCUUAAGGAUGCUGCUAAGAACCUGCUGAAGAGUCUUGGCAGCCAGGUGUCCCUCAACCUCAGCUGGAGGGACAUGUGGACUCUAGUGGUGAAGAAAGGAGGUCAGGUUUAUGGAGAGAAGCACUCUAAGUCUCCGGCUCUGUCCACAUGGGGAGACCCUGUGCUCCUGAAGACUGAGGUACAGCUCACGGCCUCUGAAGAGGCAGAGUGCCACUGGGCAGACACUGAACUGAACAGGAGGAGGAAGCUCUUCUGCAGCAAAGUGGAAGGAUACGGCAGCAUCUGCAGCUGCAAGGACCCAGCACCCAUAGAGUUCAGUCCUGACCCUCUUCCCAACAAUAAUGUCUUCAAUGUCCCCGUGGCUGUCAUUGCAGGGAAUAGACCCAACUAUCUAUAUCGAAUGCUGAGGUCACUUCUUUCAGCUCACGGUGUCAACCCACAGAUGAUCACUGUCUUCAUUGAUGGAUAUUAUGAGGAGCCUAUGGAUGUUGUAGAGCUGUUUGGACUGAAAGGAGUUCAACACACACCCAUCAGCAUCAAGAAUGCCAGAGUGUCCCAGCACUACAAAGCAAGUCUGACUGCAACCUUCAACCUUCACCCAGAUGCCAAUUUUGCCAUCGUCUUAGAAGAAGACCUGGAUAUCUCCAUUGACUUCUUCAGUUUUCUGAGUCAGACCAUCCACCUGUUGGAUGAGGAUGACAGUCUGUACUGUAUCUCAGCCUGGAAUGACCAGGGCUAUGAACACACAGCGGAGGACCCUGCCCUGCUCUACAGAGUGGAGAGUAUGCCCGGCCUGGGCUGGGUGCUGAAGAAGAGUCUCUACAAGGACGAACUGGAGCCAAAAUGGCCAACACCUGAGAAGCUGUGGGACUGGGAUAUGUGGAUGCGAAUGCCGGAGCAGAGGAAGGGCAGAGAGUGCAUCAUCCCUGAUGUGUCCCGCUCCUACCACUUUGGCAUUAUCGGCCUGAACAUGAAUGGAUAUUUCCAUGAGGUGUAUUUCAAGAAACACAAGUUCAAUACUGUUCCCAAUGUGCAGCUGAAGAAUGUUAACAGCUUGAAGAAAGAUGCAUAUGAAGUGGAAAUCCAGAACCUGUUGAAGGAAGCAGAGGUGCUGGACCACACUAAGAACCCAUGUGAGGACUCGUUCCUGCCGGACUCCGAGGGGAAGAGCUACAUCAUGUUCAUCAAGAUGGAAACAGAGACGGACACAUCCACCUGGACCGAGCUUGCUAAGUGCCUGCAUGUUUGGGACUUGGAUGUACGAGGAUACCACAGAGGCCUGUGGCGGCUCUUCAGAAAACGUAAUCACGUCCUGGUGGUAGCCGUGCCGAUCUCUCCGUACUCUGUGAAGAGACCGGCCAGUGUCACUCCCAUUCACUUAGAGCCUCCACCCAAAGAAGAGGGUGCACCGGUGGAACAGAUGUAGACCUGAUGUUACCCUGACACACACUCGCACACUUGAACCGUCCCAGGCCUUAACACUUCUCCACCAAGUCACCGAACCACUAAUAAUCUAGCCUGGGACGCACAACUGCAAAACUGACUUUUCCUAGAUGUUGAGCGUGUGUAUGAGAGGAUACCUGGGAAAUGGAGUCCUUCUUUUUCCAGAAUUUUUUUUUUUAAUCAAAAGUGGGAUUAACACUACAAACUGCACUAUUAAAUCUUGUCCGGAGGCUUGAGGAGGAACGGUAAUGCUGAACCGGUUUUGGUUAAAUAUGAAACAACUAAAACAUUAUAUGACGGCCAACAGCUGUCUCUUUUCUGUUCCUUUGACUGCUUUGGGUUGAGCCGCGGUCUGUUCGAUUGUAGUUAAACCUAUAAUGUUUCGACAAGAACGGUACAGAUGACUCAAACACACACUCACCAGUGAAUUUGCAAGUUUUUCUUUUAGUUUGUGUUUUUAAACUACCGAGUGCUUUGCCCAUCGUGUACAUAUGUUUUAACUUAUCCCUAUUUAUUUUACAUAUAUCAAUCAAAACGAGUUUAGUGGUUUGUUUGCUUUUUUUUAAAAAAUCCAGUUUUAUCAAGAUCAGAGCGUUUUUUUUAAGAGCCUAACGUUUACAAAAAAACCCUGAAAUGAUAAUGUAUAUAUAUGCCUAUAUAUUUUUUGAUGAAAAUUUUAAAGGUCAGCAUAUUUUUCAGCCUUAGAUAUUGAGUUUGAGUGAAAGAGUUGAGCUGAUAACAGCCCUGUGGGUUUUUACUUCUAUUGACUGCUUGGGUCAGUUGCCUCGGAUCUGGCUUCGUUAGGGAGACUCAAAUGGUGGCUGAGAGACGUUAGAAAACAUUCACAGUUUUAACAGCAUCUUCUUGUUUUCUUGGUGUCAGCCACUGCAGAAGCUGGAGGUUCCAACACUUGAACGUUACACAAUGACAUUAGACACAAACUUUAGGCAGGUUAUGCAGUCUUCAUAUAGGCAGAAUGCAGAAAGACCAUCUGGGUUACCACGUCACUGAAGAGACAGACGGAUAUGAAAAGGGUCCUCAUGUAUUUAAUGACGUAAACCACCAGGAAGCGGUACCAGUGUUAACUCGUCUUCUUUACAGUUAUCGAUGUGAGGAGGUAUUAGCUUUGAUAUUUGCCUUAUUUUUUUAUGUCCGUCAUCUGUGGUAGAAAUGUUGGGAGGUCUUUUCGCUUUUAUCACCUGCAGGUUGUCAACAACCAAAUUAUUAUUCCAAGAUGCCACUAUGAACCUGCUAAUAUCAGUAUACAGAAGCUCAGAGUGAUCAUAGUUGCUGCUUUGGUAUUAGGUCCAUUAUAUCAAGAUCACAACUUAAAUAUCUUUCAAAAUAACAAGCAGGUUUUAAUCAUUAUUCAGACUUAGCAUCUCAUUUUCCUGAGGUUUAUCCUGAGGUGAAUGGUCAGUCGUCUUUUUCUUGUAAUCAUUUCAAAAAAUGAAAUGUAGUUGUCAGCAAAUAUAAGAAGAUUUCUUUUUUUUGAAACUGUUUAACAUGUUUGACGGUAGUUUAAACUCCCACCACGAAGCAUCUGUAACUGGUGCUUGAUAUAAAUGAACAAAUCCUAACAGUGUUUUACAACGCAUGUCUCACCCCUUUAUAGACAUGACAAAUGAUUACAACUGUGUUAUCAAAUAUCUGUUACCUGUUCAUACACAAGUUGCUUCAUAUGAGAAGUUAUACUUGUUGACACAGUGCUAAACCUGCUCAUAGAUGCUAAAGAGGAGAGGUUAAAGUUUUUACCCAAAUCAGAAGAGAUAAACCCUUUCAGUGUCUGUCUCCGUAGUGUUCUGGUUAUUUCACCUAUAAGAGCAGUGAAACGCUUUGUCCGCCACCUGCUCCAUCUCAGUCUGUAAGUGCUUUCCAGCUGACGUCACACUGCACCGACUAAAUGAAUGAAUGAAUGCCUGGGUCAUGUUCUAACGCAGCUCGAUCAGUAUUCGCAGAGUGGUUUGAUUUAAUUGUGCGUAUUUGUGUCUUCAGACAUCCACAUAUUUACGGUCUUCAGUCAGAUAAUCCCGUCAGACACUACCGCUUCUUCAGCAGUAUUACAGCCCAUGUCGUGACUGAAUUAAUGGAUAUUUGUGUCCUGGAAAUUUCAGUUUGGUUUUAAAGCAGUGAAGAAGUAGAAUCGAUUUACUUCUUCAUUUUGGUCUUUCAGUUCACUCUAGUUUCUGUCGUGGUACGUGUUCUCCUCUGUUGAAUCGAGAGAUUUAAAAUUAAAUCUCCUCAGAAACACAGUAGAUUUUUUUUUUUUAAUGCUUUGACAUAAUUUGGGAAAUACUGGUAGGUACCUUGGAUGAGUGACAAUGAGGAUCUGUGGACAUGCUGUAAGUUUAAAUUGCAGUUGGACAUGACAACCUUUAUCAUGGAAAUGAAUAAAGACAUUUUUUACUGA